ACACGUCGACACUUUUUCCCGUGAUCAGCUGUAAAUCGAAAAGUAACUUGUGAAAUAAAUCGUUAUCUCUUUCUUACCACGCUUGUUUUGUUUCUUAUCACAUGACUCGUGACCUGUGCUAAAAGGGAUCCACUAAUCGUUUUAUUAGUUGACCUCAAAAAUAAAUUAUCCAAUCAUGCAGUGGUUUAGUUAUUAAGCUUAAAAUUAAGCUUAAAACCGACCAAUAACAGACUGGCUACUGUAUGACACCAACGUGAAAUUCGUGUAAGUUCUUCUGUCAAGUCUGCGAAUGAACUAAAGCAAGAAAAUGAAGCGAGUUUUGCUUUAUGUCGCCAAAAUGGCUGACGCGUCGUCAUCGUUGCGCGUAAAGAAAAUACCCGAUAACUUGUACGAGCUGUGCUUAACAAAUUUAGUGAAUUAUUUGCAGAAAUCAAAGUGCGAGAGAAAUGUAUUGCGUUCGUUACCGGACAGCAUCCUCAUGGAUGUUUUUUUUAAGAUGCUGCAAGAGAAACGGCUAUGCAUCCUUGGCGCGGAGCUGUCCGAGCUGGACGUGUUCGAGCGGCUCCUGCGCUUCGCCGGCGCCCAACUGAAGCUCCUGCAGUGCUUCCAGCUGGACGGCACGACGAGUCUGCAGCGCUUCGCCACAGCGCAUCUCAAACUGCUCCACUGCUUUCAGGCGGUGAUUGAGCACGGAUCGAAGCUGUCUGCAGAGCUCGCGGCCGCCUACACCGCCAAGUGUGAACUCAAGUCCAGGAGUGACGAGGCGCUCAUACACCUCGGACUCAGGCUAGGCGGGUUCCUCAACGAGGCCGGUUGGUAUGCGGACGCGCAGCGCGUGCUGCUGCAGUGCCGCGACCUGUGCCAGGCGCAGCCGCAGACUACUUACUACAAGAGACUCACGCUUGAAUGUUGCCAUAGAUUAUUAAACACACAGUCGGCGUAUUGCUGCUUCCCCGCUGCGGCGGAGACGUAUUCCCUGGCGCUGAGGCUGCUGGGCAUGCGCGAGGAUGCGCAGGAGUUGCCGCCGGGACCUUUCGCGGUCGGAGACACUUGCACCAAAGCGCUACAGACUGACCCCGAGACAGACAGUAUAGAAAACGACCCCUCGGAGGAGUGUUCGGCGGCGCGGCGCUGCGCGUGCGCGGGCGGCGGGUGUGGCGGCGGGUGCGGCGGCGCGCGCGCGUGGGGCUGCGGCGCGCUGGCGGCGCGGCUGUGCAAGGAGUUCAGCGCGCUGUUCUUCGUGCGCUGCGACUACGGCGCCGCGCACGCCUGGAGCAUGCGCGCGCUCGCGCUGCUCACGCCCGACACGCCGCCGAGGAUAACGGUGGAGGUGCUGCGCGCGUGCGGCAAGGCGUGCGUGGUGAAGCGGCGGUUCGGCGCGGCGGCGCUGCUGGUGCGGCAGGCGGUGGCGCUGGCGCGGCGCCACUUCGGGCCGGCGCACCCGCGCACCGCCGCCGCGCUGCUCGACUACGGCUUCUACCUGCUCAACGUCGACUGCGUCGUGCACAGCGUCGCCGUGUACGAGGAAGCGUUAUCGUCCCUGCGGCGCGUGUUCGGCCGUAGCAGUCUGCACGUGGCGACGGCACAGGAGGAUCUCGCUUAUGCACUCUACGUGCUCGAAUACUCUUCAGGACGGUUCUACAAAGCACGGGACCAUGCUGAGCGAGCCAUACGCAUCAUCGAGAACCUGGUGCCGCGCGACCACCUGCUGCUCGCGUCUGCGAAGCGCGUGAAGGCGCUCAUCCUCGAGGAGAUCGCGCUCGACACCCCCGCCGGGCAGGACAUGAGUGAGCCGACCCUUCUCGAGGAGUCGGAGUCGCUGCACAAGGCGGCGCUGGCGUUGUCCAUGAUGGCGUUCGGCGAGAAGAACGUGCAGACCGCCAAACACUACGGGAACCUCGGCCGGCUCUACCAGAGCAUGCAGAAGUUCCAGGACGCAGAGACGAUGCACCUGAAGGCGAUCGCGAUAAAGGAGGAGCUGCUCGGCCCCGAGGACUAUGAGGUGGGACUCAGCAUCGGACACCUCGCCUCGCUCUACAACUACCACAUGAACAUGCACUGCGCCGCCGAGAAACUCUAUCUGCGCUCCAUUAACAUCAGUCUGAAGCUGUUCGGCGAGCGGUACUCUGGUCUGGAGUACGACUACCGCGGGCUCGUGCACGUGUUCACGCAACUCAAGAAGCACGACCGCGCCGACCACUACAACAGGGUCUUACAGCACUGGCACGAAUUACGAGAACAAUCCAAAGCGGAGCAGCAACCGGCUCUGGGGGACGAGCAAGUGAUGCCCCUCGAGGACCUGCAAGCCAAGUUCUUCUCGCCCAACGACUGAGCGCCGCGCCCACACGGUACGGCCCGAGUACACUGCUCACGGCGGUUAAAUUAUUUGUAUACGAAACUUAGGGUAGGAUAGCGGCCGCUUUGUCCAAACCAGAACGGUUUCCUAAAAAGCGUUUUUAAUACUAUAAUUUCAAAGUCUACAUUCGUUAUACUUUGGUACUAAUAGCUAGCAUGUUCAGUGCGGUUGGUCGACUAGAGCUAAGUGACAGCUGACAUAACUAACUAUUAUACGGAUUAGCUAGAGUAGUCUAAUCUACGCGAGCUAAGUUAGUGCUACCUUGACUUAGCUCUGGUCAACAACCCGCUUUAUACAGAGUGCUACAAAAUUAUAAAUUGAGAACGCCCUGUACAUCUAAAUUUUUUUGUUUCGUUAUAAACUUCCAAUGUUUUGCUCAGCGACAGUCACUGCCUUACCAGAUUAUUUUAGAUAUAAGUACGUAUACAAAUAAAUUAGUGAGACUAGUUCCCGCGCCUCGCCGGCGCUGCCAUUACGACGCUAUGUUAUAGUAUAAUGUGUAUCCUUAGUUACGAGAGUUUGGUCUAUUCUCACGACCGGCUCGACGACCCGACAUUUUAUAUGAUAAAGGGCAGAUUUUGACUUCAAUAUCAAUAUUGACAAAUAUAGUGGACGUCACGGCCGUGCGAAUAGGGCACUGAGGUGCCUCGUCGAGAAUAUCCACUGGAAAUAAAUGUUUAACGUAGUUUAGUGUUGGAUGUUUGUUUGUCUGUUAAUAUGUUGGGUUAGAGCGGACCUAGGAGACCAAUGCUCUUCUUCAGAUUUUUUUUAAUUAAGGCGGCCGUAGUGCUGCGCCCACGCAUCAUUAGAUGCGACAUUACUAUAUAUAAAUAAGCUGUAACACAACUUUGAUCUGCACUGACUCUAUAGGUCACCGUAAAAAGAUGAAAACGAGCAUUAAAUCUCCAUCUUUUAGCUAAUGGCUGUAAAACUCUAAUCUGUCCAAGGUAUUGAUCUCGUAGAGAUAUAUUAUGAAUUCGAUAUAAGAAAUAAAUAUAAUAUAGCUUUCAUUAAUCAUGUAUUUUUAAUAACCAAUAUAAAUCAUGCUGGGUCAUGCCAAAUUCCCGCCAACUACCUCACAAAAUUCUUUAUCCAUAUUUAAAUAUCGAAAGCAGUCUAUAAACCUUAGGCUUGUUCAGAAAAAAACUUACCUCCAUGUUCAUGGUGAACAUCAUGAAAUAGUAUCGUAUAUUCCAUAUUCGAGCUAGCCUCGUAUGCAAGUUUCAUACAUUUUACAAUAUCGAUAUCGACAUAGAACUCGAUAUAUCGAUAUACCUAUCGCUAAACGUUGGGAUUAAAUCUAGGUCCGCCCUGAUUCCUUACUAGCAGACUUGAGCGGCAAAAUAGUGGGAGUCUCUAAACACAGACGCACAAUCGAAUUGAACAGGGGACCUCAUCGUCUAAGAUAUUUUUCCAUUAACACGUGCGCAUAAUGUUUGUACGCCUCGACAUUACGUUGGAACUUAUAAUGGAGUCAAGAUUUUAUAUUAAGCUACUGUUAGCGAAUUGUUAAAAAAAACUAGUACAUCGUUUCAUUUAAAUACAUUGCGUUUUUUACAUAGAAGCAAAAAUAUAACUUUAGUCCCAGCGUAAUGUGGCCAGGUUUUUUUAAGUCUACUGCGCAUUGAGAUAGGUCGUUUAGCUCGGUAUAGUAUCGACUACAUAGACCUAACACGGCCUAUUUCAAUUAGUAUUGGACUUAAACUCUAAAAAGAUAUCUCCGCAAUGUUGGACUAGUUAUGUGCUGAUUCGAUUGUUUAUAGAAUAUUAUUUAAUCGAUAAUUAAUUUAAAACUAUCACAGAUCUAGAAGACAACUAAAAAUCAAAACCCGCAAAUAUUCUCUACGAAAAGUAUUUUACUCAUUAGGGCUUUAUAUUGUUUGUAUAUUUGUGUCUAUGAAAUGGGGACUUGGCGACACGUUACAUCUAAUUUUGGGUAUUGAAUGUUCACAUUACAAACUUCGUUUUGAAUAUUCAGUACCCGAUGUGUCGACAAAAUUAAAUUUAAUUCAAGUAGAUACCACUUGGAUUUGAUCUCAUAAUUAUCGAUAAAUAGCUAAUUCGGCAAAAAUGUAUCGAUAUCGACUGUCUCCAUUUCAUAUCGACCCGAGUAUUGUUUUUCAAUGGAACUUGAACAGUAUAAACAAAUCUGAAUCAAAAUAUUAGAACUAAUAAGUUCAGACACUAAUAGUGACUGCUCAAUUUAUUAAUACUAGGUUAAUUGACUUUCAUUUCGUGAAUUAUAUUACUUUUUUUUACUUAUUUAUGUAUAUUAUCGACAGAUUUAGUGAUUACGGACACAGCCAACAUUUUUUUGGUUUAAAAUAAGAAUGGAAUUGAAAUUACAUACCAAACCAUUUGUUGUAUAUUGUCUAUGAAAAAAAAAGGCGGGAAACCUUUGUCUCAAGUUUUUCGCACAUAAUCAUUUCGAUUUAUAUAAGUUUUAUUUGUACGAGAUUACUGAUUUCGAUGUAGUUUGUAAACUUAUGUUAAUGUAUUGUAGUACACAAAAUCAGAUGCGAUUUCUGACGAAUAGCUUUGUGUGGAGGUCACACGUGUAUCGUACCUCGCUUCCUUUGAGUGGUUGAUUUAGAACUCGUGAAUUUAGUAAAUUAUCUUGAUGUAUUCUAUUUCGCCGAUGUUUGCUUAACUUAAGCCACCCAAUUGCCAAGAAAACAGAGUAACUUAGAAGUAGUUAUGUUUUGGCCGUUAGGAAGCCACUUAAAUUAGGCAAGAGUCGGUGAAUAUUUACAUAAGUGUAUUUUAAUUUUGUCUUAUCGGUGAAGUUGUCUCUGGAUCUCAUGGUGUUAACGAUAAUUCAGUUUUUACCUUUAUUAUAAACAUAUCACUUUGGAUCUCGUCAGGUAAAGCACACAUUUUCAAUACGGUACGGCUUCGUUUACCGGUCUGAAGAUAGGAACGAUGUUCGAGAAAGUAUAGUAACUAAUAUUCGGACUAGAAAUAAUUCUUGACUACAUUAGCAAACACAACCUGCCGCUAACUUCAGACUGACAGAUACUGGCCGUACUGUACUGAACGUAUUAAAGAUGGAUGCCGUCCAAAGACAACUUCAUCGAUAUAUUUAUGUAAAUAGUAGAAUAAUUUGCACGCGCGUUGCAAAUGCGGAGGAGCCUCCGAGUAUUUUUGUGGAGAUGUAUGGAGUGUGGAGUUGUAUGGCUGUUACGUCACGUGCGUACGUGAGAAUAAAUAUGUUUCGAUGA